UUUUGUCGGCAGUUUGCCUGCUCUAUGCGGCGUAUUCGUACAUAAUUAUAUAAAGUUUUUAAAUUAAGGAUCUUACAGUGUAAUUUUUAUUUGAAAUGACCGAAGGUGGAUAUUUUGAUGUCAAACAAUUAAUACGAUGUGUUUACACUAGGCCAGCACUAUGGAACAGACAUUGUGAUAGUUACAAUAAUAGAAACAAAACAAGAAUUCUAUGGGAGGAAGUUUCAUUAGAGUUGAAAGCGUCUGUUGAUAAUAUUAAGAGAAAAUGGAAUAAUUUGAGAGACCAAUUCCGCAAAGAGUACUUUAGGGUAAAUAAACCUGGAAAAAAUGGUAGUGUAGCCACUAUUAAAACAUCUUCUUGGUCACACUACGAAGCAUUGUUGUUUUUAGCUUCGCAAAUUAUCCCAAGACAAUGCGUGCGCGAAUAUCCUCCGUCUGAAGUUGACAGCCCGGACGAAGAAGUUCACGAAGAUAACAGGUCGUCGUCGCCGUUUGAAAGAACAUCGUCAGAAUCGAAGUCAAUACAAGUAACUUCAGUGAAGAAUUCAUUGGCAGAUCAAUCUUUUCGCGAACCCGUAAAACAAGGUUGUUGUUGUAAAUCUAAAAAACGAAAUCUUGAUGACGAACAAGGAUAUUUAGACGCAGAAAAUAGGAAAAGCGAGUUUAAUAAGCCCAGACGUAAUGAUAAAUUUGCCGAAGAUCCGGAUCGGAACUUUCUGAUGAGUUUACUUCCUCACCUGUCAGAAGUGCCACGAAAUAGAAAACUCAUCGUCCAACGAAAGUUGUUAGACGUGUUCUUAGAAGAAGAAACAAGUAAAGAAUGGGGUGAUUAAAAAUUGAGGUCCUAUUUUAGAGGAUGAAAAAAAAAAUGUCGUCCUUAAUUUAUAUUUAUAUCCAAGAGCUUAUAUGUUUUUAAUUAAUGGAUGUGAUUUUAAUAAAAGUUGUUAUCUGACCUGCGACACGACCAGGGCCACGGCAAAGUCAUAAUAUGGAAGAAGCUUACGCCCGUACAUACCGCCAUGGGCCGAUACUUCAGUUUUGUUAUAAGCCUCAGUAUACGGUACCACAAAGGGCUUGACUCUCAAAACUCAGGCGUUAUAAUGUGAUGGGAACUUUCUUAAUUUAUACCUGCUUUGUUGUCAAUGCUACAAUAUUCUUGAUUUAACUUUUUUCAAUACAUUACAAUUUAUGUCUUU